CUUAGCAGCUUACUUACAAGGAAAUACGAGAAAAGGAUCACACGGCCACACAUUGAUGUCUCUGGUAGAAUUGUCCUACACGCUCGAUGUUACACAAAUCAACUGUCACAGCAGCUUAGAAGCAUGUCAUCGUCACUGUAGUACUUCUCAGCUCCAUGACAGUCCACGUGACACGGAAACACGUGACGACUAAUCAAGAUGGCGACACGACUGGCCGUCCUAUUGGGCCUGAUGGUGGUGCUGACGGCAGGAAAAAAUGCUUCAGUUACCAAUGCAAUGCUAACUAUUCAAAAUAAGACUGUCCUUAACGGAAGUGCAUCUCUGGCAGCAGACAAUGACAGUAAAACCUGUUUUACCCCGUACUCGGAUGAAAACGGAACUUGGUGUGUUUGGCUGCAAGAUAGUCUUCAGCCACCGCAUUUCUGUCUGACACUUGGAGGUGCAAGCGUUGCGACUAUUGGUGCAUGUGCACUUACUCAGGACAACCAUGACGUCAAGAAUGGGACCAGCCAAUGGGAGGUUUCUCUUGGAGAAAGUGUGAAUAUCAGGAGGGUUGAAGUAACCUCUACAAAUUUCCAAAAGGAAAACAUCGUUAAUUAUCAACUUCGUGUCCUCACGAACACGUCUGUAGAAAAUUGUGUUGGCAAUUUCACGGCACCAACCACAAACAUUGUCAUGGAAACGUCCCAGCAGACCUCACACCUCUGCCUCGUGAUCUACGACAACGCCCAGCCUUCCGACCUUUAUCAAGUUCGAGUUUUUGGAAUUGUUUCAGAUUGUCUGGAAGGGUAUUCCGGAAGGGUGCGUCAAUGUCCAUGCAGGUGUAACGAUACCAGAGAAAUGUGUCAAAACCGAACGGAUGUAUGUCCACAACUGAACUGUCAAAAAUGUUGUCCAGAGUCUGACAGCAACUGCAGUGACAGGGUAUAUGACGUCACCACUGGCCUGUCUAACAUCAUAACAACCAAGCUCCACAAAGCCAAAAAUCAUGCUAAAGACAAAUUUAUCGGCCCGCUGCUCGCCGCCUGCAUUUUGGUGUUGACCAUAUGUUGCCUGGUAACCGUUGUAUGGAAGCGGAGUCGAGGAAAUGUUCGCGAAGCUUUUCAGCGCAUGCGCUCUCUGCCAUCGAGGAUAAGGUCGACUAAGUUGCUGAGCAGCAUGAUGGAGGUCCACCUUGAUGACAGGGAAAGUGCCCUUUGUGCUCCCUCCUUGCCCGGGUAUGCACCCGAAACGUCCAAGACAGAGGCGCUAGAUGGCGCGACAGGCGGGCGACGAACGGUCCCAGCCCCGCACUCCAACUCGACCCCGAGUAUCGACGCGCUUGACACACUGAGUGUUACCAACAAUGAGCACAAUGAGUGUGUCAUCAGUCAGGACCUGUUGCCGUCCACUGCUGUCCACCUGCAAGACCUGCCCACCCGGGUGUCUCAGUGGAGGAGGCAGCCACAAGCUUUGAAAGAGGAAAGAGCAAAGCUGCCAACAGGACAGCUUGCAGAAUGGAAGAUAGCUCUUCUCGCCAGAAAUGUCCAGAAGUCCCGCUAUCGCGACCUCUACCCAUACGACCAUUCUCGGGUAUUGCUGAAUGUUCUUCCAGGAGACCCCCACAGUGACUUUUACAACGCUAACUAUAUCCAUGGAUACAACAAAAAGAAGGAAUUCAUCGCAGCUCAAGGCCCCACAGAAAAGACCCUCCAUGACUUCCUGAGGAUGGUGUGGGACACCAAGUGCCAAUCUAUCAUCAUGCUCACAAAGACAGUGGAAAAUGGGAAGUUCAAAUGUGCUCAGUACUGGCCAAGUGAGGACGCUCUGUCAGCAGGACGGUUGACCAUCAGGGUCAAGCGAGUCACCAGCAUGGCCGACUUCUGCAUCAGGGACCUUAUUUUUGAGCAAGGAUCUCAAUGUCGAAAGGUGAAAAUGUUCCACUUCACAACCUGGCCUGACAACUCCACCCCUACAUCUCCCUGGUCUCUGCUUGACUUCCGGCACAAGGUCCGCCAGGAGGCUCACACAGACACACCGACCAUCGUGCACUGCAGUGCUGGUAUUGGUCGCACUGGGACGUACCUAGCUCUAGACAUCCUCCUGUCACAAUCCUUGCAUGAUGACACCGUAGACGUCUUCAAAUGUGUGUGGAAUCUGAGACAGCAGCGAACAAGUAUGGUUCAGACACAGGCGCAAUACAAUUUCAUUUACGAGGUGCUAGCCGCUGCUGCCAUGACGUCAGUUCCUGUUCCGGCAGAAAAGUUCAACCUGUCCGCGGUGCUCAGAGAGGAAAAUGGAACCGUAGCCGUUCGUCAGGAAUUCCAGAACAUGAACACGUGCCUAGAGAUGCUGGGGCUGACGGUCCACGGGGAAAGUGAGGUUAGCACUGCCACAGAGCACGUGACAGACACGAGCAAGAGGUAUCAUGUUGCUGUGUACAGCGUGGACGGAGAGUACUCCACUAUCUGUACCGAUGCCUUGUGUCUGUCAAGCUACAGGCGAGAAAAUGCUUUCAUCCAGGCGCGAACCCCGACUGAAGACAGCGCCGUGGACUUUCUGUCUAUAGUGUGUCAACACCACGUCAAGCUGGUCGUCUGCUUGGACACUUUCUGGGAACAGAUACAUGGAGCGGUCUACACACCUGAAGCGGAAGGAAUGUCCUUAACCUUUGACCCCUAUCGAGUACAGCUUCUCCGUGUCCGCGCCGACGAUUGGAUGACUACCCGAAUCCUGCGCAUUUAUCUACCAAUGAAACUGGACAACAGCGAACAACAGACAGAAUGCAGUGACCCAGAAAAGGAAACAUAUCGUGACGUCAUUCAGUUGUCGUGCUUUGAUUGGCCGGAAUCGUUCCUAGCACCAGAGGCUGCGUCCAUGCUCUUGCCCAUGGUUAAGGCUGUCCGGUCUCAUCCACAGAGUCCAGCAUUGGUACACUGCAGAGACGGACACAGCAGAAGCGGUAUUUUCUGCAUUCUGUCUGCGAUCCUGGAGCGACUCCAGAUGGACAACGAGGUUGGCGUCAGCUACGUCACAGCGCGCAUGCGUGUACCAUGCCCUCAGAACAUCAUCAACGUGGAGCAGUACGAGUUCCUGUACAGAUGUGUGGAGCACCACAUCAGCUUCCAAGACCAGGAUGACACAAUGUAUUCACAGCCAACAGCCAGGGAGAAGUCCUGGGCCAUCAAGUCACGUGACUCUGUGUACGUCAACUCUCAUGUCUCCGAGGGAUUCCUGUGUUCAGAGGAUGACACCCAUAUUUAUGGAAAUGUCUCAAUUUGGCCUCAAUGAGGGUUUUCCUGACUUUAGAUGAUCGUCAGCUUCGCUCCUUUACAUGGAGACUCGUGUUUCUCUUCGAUGAAGGUUUUCUCGUCUCUGGAAAAAUGAAGUACUCCUUGUGGGAUGUCCCGAUAUGUAUAGACAGGUAUCAGUUUUUCCUUUACAAAGAUUCUCGUGUCUAUGAAAAACGUCAGUUUAUUCUAAAGUUUCCAUAAUGAGAAAUACGCGGAUACGCAUUCUUCCACAUAAACAGCACAUUUGUUGAUCUUUUUUUACAUCGUUACAACAUUUUAUGUUAAUGAGUAUUCUUGUGCCGAUUUUCUUACUGAAAUUUUAGUCCAAUUUUGUUCAAUUCUUCUAUAGUUUUUGGUUAAGAAAUUUAUUCCUAUAACUCAAUUUCAGAAGUAGAAGGAUGCUUUCACUCAAUCUUUUGAAAAUUAAACUUGCUCAAGGCGAUGUUAUACGAUUAUCUAUAAAGGUUACAUAAAUUACAGUUAUUAGAAUCCAGGACAAACAAGUCAAUCUUGGACGGUUGAUUAUUUUUUCCUUCUGUCCUCGGGUUUUGCGAGCAGGUUAAUCUUACAAAUUAGUUUUGUUUACGUCGAGUGUUGUUAAUUAGCAGGUUAAUCAAAAGCAUUGACACUUUAUUGUUUCCGCACUGCCUUGCUGCCCAUGUGUUUACAUAAACAAGAUACAAGACGUCUGCUCCUGACUGCAAGAUACAAGUAAAUAGUGAUACUAAGUUUUUUUAUUUGUCAAGUGUACAGAAAGAUGUUGUACAUAACAACCACUCAAUGUCUUACUCUGAAAUGUAUGUACUGUGACGUUUUCACGAAUGUGGUGUAAAAAAAAAUCCUUCGAGUAAACUGC